AUGACAGAAUUCAAUCAAGACUCCCAUCAAGAAGCCAUCAAGGCCAAUCUCAAAAUGUUCAACGAAGGAUUCGCCAAGAAAUAUGAUCAUUAUGAAUCACAAACCAUCUUUUCCAUCUUAUUUUCCAAAUAUCUUCUUGAAUACGAUUUCAAAAAUCCAACUAAUCGUAAAUCAUUGGCCGAAACGGAACAUGUUAUAGGCGAUCCAUAUAUUCAAAGUAAUGGUUUAUCAGUGGAAAAGGAUUUGCCUGAUCCAAAGACAUAUUUAACCCGAUUUCCAAAUAGUAUUAUUAAGCCCGGAAUUAAAAUGUUGGAUUUUGCAUGUGGUACAGGUUCAGUUACAGAAAUGUUUGUUCCUUAUCUAACCGAUGAAGAAAAAUCAAGUGAAUUAAUUGGAAUGGAUAUCAAUCCUGCAUUUCUUAAACAAUUCGAUCUAAAAGCUGACAAAUACAAUUCCGACAAAUUGGAAUUCAAAUCAUAUCAAUAUGAUCUAUUGGAUGAAUCUGUUCAACUGGAAUUAUCAACAAAAUUUGAAAAUCGAUUUGAUUUGAUUAUAUGUACAUUAGCAUAUCAUCAUAUUGACAAUUAUGAACUCGUUACCAAAAAAUUAGCCACAUUCUUAAAACCCCAAGGAUGGUUAUUUAUAAUCGAUCUCUAUAAUGAAGAUGUCGAUUCACCAACACCAAAUCUUGAAUGUCCUGCAGUUAGACAUAUGGGAGGAUUGAAACUUUCGAAGUUGAAUCAUACUUUGAGUAAUAUUGCAGGGUUGGAGAAUGUUAGUAGUGCUAGACAGUUUAGAACUUAUAUUUGGCAAGAAGAUAUAUUUAUUAAGUUUCAUUCGCCAGAAGCGGUGAUUAAAAAGAUGCAAGCUGGUGAGUUGGAAAGUAAGGAUAUUGGUAAUGAUGAGACUGGAUAUUUGAUUGAAUGUAGUAUUGUUUAUGCAGCAGGUCAAAAGAAGUGA